AUGGUUUACGUUACUACCAAUGUAUCCAAUUUCACCUCUUGGACGCACACGAUAGCCGAAAAAUUAGAAGUUCCUCAUGAUGUGGAACCAACAAUACUUCGUAACAAGGAUUUAGACCCCAUGCAACGUGAACGUCGUGUGUGGGGGAUGUGGUCUUUCUUUGGAUAUUGGGGGGUUCCAAACAUCACCAUUUGGACGUGGAGCACGGGAAGUGCAAUGCUCAGCUUGGGGCUCAACAUUGGCCACACCAUGGGUGCUCUUACCCUUGGGAACAUAAUCAUCUGUAUAUACACAUGUUUGAAUUCUGGUCCAGGAUCCAAAUACCGUAUCGGAUACACUGUUUGUCAACGAAUGAUCUUUGGAAUAUACGGGUCCGGGAUAGGGAUCUUCAUUCGGAUCAUUCUUUCAAUUGUUUUCUAUGGAUCACAGAGCUGGCUCGGUGGCCAAGGAUUGGUUGUCAUGUUUUCCGCCUUCAGUAACAACUACCUCAACUUGGAAAAUACAUUUCCUACGUCUCUUGCCAUGACCACUCGUGACUUUGUUGGAUUCUUUUGCUUCCAAAUCAUUCAGUUCUUCUUUUAUUUUAUGAAGCCAGAAAAGAUGGACAAGUAUGUUAACGCUUCAUGUUUGAUAACCUUUGUGGCCUUUGUUGGAGUUCUUGCUACAUGUUUAGCUAAAAAUAAUGGACCAGGUCCAAUUUAUUACGAAAAGGUCACCUUGCUGAAACUUGAAACAGGGUGGAUGUGGUUAUACUCAAUGACCAUUUGGUAUGGAGCCUUAUCACCGGAUGUAACCAACCAAAGUGAUUUCUCACGUUUUGCAUCUUCAAAGAAGAAAAUGUAUGUAGGGAUUAUUCUGCUGGUUAUGCUUACCGGUACUUUUGUCCCACUUGCUGGCUUACUCUGUGCGCUGGCCACCCAGCAACUCUACGGCGAGCCGUUGUGGCUCCCCACCGAUAUUUCGCUUCAAUGGCUCACCGAUAAUUACUCCCCUGGAUGUAGAGCUGCAGCAUUUUUCUGUGGGUUUGCCUAUGCAUCCUCACAACUAACCUUCAAUGUCUUAGCAAAUGGAUUUGCAGGCGGGAUGGAUUUAUCGGGUGUAUGUCCAAAAUACAUCAAUAUCAGACGUGGUGCUUUCAUCACUGCCCUUCUUUCAUGGGCAGUCCAACCAUGGAACUUUUACAACACUUCUUCUGUCUUCAUUAGUGUUAUGAGUUCAUUUGGAGUGUUUGUAACCCCUAUUAUUGCCAUCACUAUUGCAGAUUUCCACAUUGUCAGGCGCUCCAACUUGCCCCUUCUGGAUCUCUAUCUGACAGCCUCUGAUGGGACUUUUUACUUCACAGGCGGGUUCAAUUUCCGUGCCAUUGUUGUUUGGCUCAUGACUGUGGCACCUGGACUUCCUGGUUUAAUUGGAAGCGUUCAGACUUCAGCCAAGAUCCCGGCUGGACUCAAUAAUUUUUUCUAUGGAAAUGUCGUGUUUGCAUUUGGAUGCCCAUUCAUUCUCUAUAUCUUGGUAUGUUACGUGUUCCCGGUGAAGAAUGCCAAUACAAAUGAUAAAUCUGAUGUUUUCAAUGUGUUUACCUUGGAUGAAUGUGUUAAGCUCGAUAUGAUUCCCUGCUCAACCAUUGAAGUUCUUGAUGGAAUAACCAGAAAUUCUGGUAGUUAUUCAUCCGAACAAGACUUAAAAAAGGGUUGA